UCUGUUUCUUGCACGCAUCGCAUUUUCAACUGUAUAUUGCAUGUGACGAAGGUCCUGUAGUUAAAAACUUGGGCAAAAUACAAAGUUAAAAAUCAUUCAAACGAUUUCAAGCAAUCAGGCAACAGGGUACCAAUCUAAGCUUAAAAGAAAGGAAAAUGCCCAAAAAUAAAUUUGCUCAAAUCGAAUCAAAAUAUGUAAAUGAAAUAGGUCUGAUUCGAACACUGGAUGAAGAUGAUGAAGUAGAAGGAUCAAACGCAGACAGUGAUGAGGAAGAAGAAAGGAAAGAUGAAAAAUUUUCAUCAAAUUUUUGCUUUGAUGAAACUGACACUUUUGAAAAUGAUGCCUGGAACGAUAUCAAGAAAUAUGUCAAGCGAAAAGCAAGUACCUUAGAAGAAAAAAUUGCUCAAAUACGUGAAGAAAGGAGACAAAAAAAGUCGAAGAAAGAGGUUUUGCAAAAUGCUCCUGAAAUUAAAGUUGAAAGCACCGUUGCUGAUUGUGAGGAAGCAAAUAAUGUAGCACAAUCAAUCCCUAUUGAGAAUCAUCCUGCAGCUGAAAAGCAAAAUGAAAUGGAAACAAAUGGUACUUUGGAGAAUGAAGUUGAAGACAUGGAAUUAUCCUCUGAUAAUGAAGAACAAGAACAAGAUGUAAUAAAAGUAAAAGAAAAGAAGAAAAGAAAGAAAAAGAAAGGAUUAUUUGAUUUAGGAAAAGUUGUUGUAGUUGAAAGUGAAGUACUUGGUGAACAGGUGGAGUAUGAUCCCUCGACGACUUUUCAACAAAUGAAUCUAUCUAGGCCCUUACAGAAAGCAAUCUCAAGCAUGAACUUUCUUCAUCCAACUCCAAUUCAAGCAGCAACAAUUCCAGUUGCAUUAAUGGGAAAAGAUAUUUAUGGUUGUGCUGCUACUGGAACAGGUAAAACCGCAGCAUUUAUGCUCCCUGUUUUAGAGCGUUUACUUUAUAAGCCUAUAGACGAUCCUGUAACAAGAGUGCUUGUUAUAUUGCCGACAAGGGAAUUGGCCGUUCAAGUAUACCAAGUAUCCAAACAACUGGCACAGUUCACAAAAAUACAAAUUGCGUUAUCUGCAGGUGGUCUAGAACUCAAGGCUCAAGAGCUAGCUUUAAGAAAGGCUCCUGAUAUAAUUAUUGCAACUCCGGGCAGAUUGAUCGACCAUUUGGAAAAUACUCCCUCUUUCAGUUUAAAUUACAUCGAAAUUUUAAUACUUGAUGAAGCUGAUCGUAUUUUGGAUGAAUAUUUUGCUGAGCAAAUGAAAGAAAUCAUUGGACAGUGUGCAUACACGAGGCAAACUAUGCUGUUUUCUGCAACACUUAAUGAUGAAGUCAAAGAUUUGGCUGCAUCAGCUUUAAAGAAACCAGUAAAAAUUUUUAUUAACAGCAAUACUGAAGUAGCAUUUAAUUUACACCAAGAAUUUAUUCGUAUAAGGCCAAACCGGGAGUCUGAACGAGAAGCUAUCCUUGCAGCUCUUCUCUCAAGGACAUUUGAAGAUCGUGUGAUGGUUUUUGCCCAAACAAAAAUGCAAGUUCACAGGUUAUAUAUUUUACUUGGUCUCAUGGGCAUUAAAGUGGCUGAGCUGCAUGGAAACAUGAAUCAACCUCAGCGUUUGGACUCAUUGCGCAAAUUUAAGGAAGAAGAGGUUGAUGUUUUAGUUGCCACUGAUGUUGCAUCCAGAGGUCUUGAUAUACCUGGAGUUAAAACCGUUAUCAAUUUCACUCUACCUUGCACUAUUCAACAUUACAUCCAUCGAGUAGGGAGGACAGCUCGAGCUGGAAGAAGUGGAAGGUCCGUAUCUAUGGUUGGGGAGAAAGAGAGGAAGUUGUUAAAGGAAAUUGUUAAAAAAGCUAAAAAUCCAGUUAAACAUAGAAUCAUUCCCCCAGACAUUGUUAACAAAUAUCAAGAGCAAGUAACAUCUCUAGAGGGGGACCUUUCAAGAGUAAUGAAAGAAGAGAAGGAAGAAAAAGAGUUUCAAUCGGUCGAAAAGAAUAUCAAGAAAGCUGAGACGUUAGUUUCUGGAGAGAAAGAAAAUGACCUUAAACGAUCUUGGUUUCAAACUCCUGCUGAGAGGAAAAAAGAAAAAGUUGCACUCCGUCUUGGCGAUCCAAAGGCUAAAAAGAAGAAAGGAACAAAACCAACAACUGAAGACCGUAUGUCUGUGGAGUUGGAGAAAGCUGCCCAAUAUCAAGCUAGACUGGCCAAAAGAGCUCAAAAACCUCAACGUAUCCGAGCAAUUACAGAAGAUGAUGGAUCAAAAAAGAGGAAGAAAAAUAAAAUGUUUAAGAAAAAAUCAUUUGAGAAAGAAUUAGCUGAUUCAAGUAGAAGCUCUGUAAAGCAAUUCAGAUAUGAAGCAACUCAUCAUGAUAAAAUGGAAAAACUAAACAAAAUGAAGAUGAAGAAAAAUCCAUCCAAAAAAUUCAAAUCAAAAAGCAGGUACAGAAGGAAGAAAUAAUCGUAAAACUACAUACUGUAAAUAUGUAAAACCAAAAAUAAAACAUAUUUUUA